UAUCUCAUCAAACACACCUCGUUUCAUUUAGUAAUACUUAGCGACACAGACACACACCUCCAUACCACAUCCCUACCCCAAAAUGGCUUCUCCUAAUGUAGCCAAAACUCUAGUAAGCCUCAUUGUGCUAGGGACUAUCCUAGCAGGAGCCCUGCCCAAUGUGAUGGCUCAAAACUGUGGUUGCAGCCCUGACCUUUGCUGCAGUAGGUUCGGAUUCUGCGGUUCCAGCGAUGCCUACUGCGGCGAAGGUUGCCAAGCCGGACCAUGUAAAGGUUCUCCCAGUAACAAUGGUGGUUCGGUAGCUUCUGUAGUGACACCACAAUUUUUCAAUGGGAUAGUCAACAAGGCUACUGGGAACUGUCCCGGCAAGAGCUUCUACAACCGAGAUGCCUUUAUCAAUGCUGCGAACUCGUUUGGUCAAUUUGGGUCUGGCUCUGCUGAUCAAUCUAAACGUGAGAUUGCAGCUUUCUUUGCCCAGAUUACCCACGAAACUGGAUUUCUAUGCCAUAUAGAGGAGAUCGGAGGUGCAAGUCAAGAUUACUGCGACAGGUCAAGAACAGAUUAUCCGUGCAACCCAAGCAAGAAAUACUACGGCCGUGGACCACUUCAGCUGACAUGGAACUAUAACUAUGGAGCUUUUGGCAAGGCCAACAACAUUGAUGUCUUGAACGCACCUGAAAAAUUGGCACAGGACGCCGUCGUUUCGUUCAAAUCUGCUUUGUGGUUCUGGAUGGAGAAUGUUCAUUCUGUGAUGGGCCAAGGAUUUGGUGCCACCACAAGAAAGAUCAAUGGUGCUCUUGAAUGCGAUGGCAAGCAGCCUGACAAAGUUCAAGCUCGCAUCAACUAUUACAAUGACUAUUGCAGACAGCUUGGUGUUGCUCCUGGGAACAAUCUCUCUUGCUAAGAAAGUUAUAAUAAUCUAUAAUAAAUAUAGAUGGUCAUCAGCUUUUUCAGCUGAUUGCUUCUAAUAUUAUAUAUAUAAAUAUAUAUAUAUAUAUAUGUGUGUGAAUAAAGAGGUGGUGGCCUUGUCUGAAUAGUCGCUGCGAACUGUACUUUCUCAUCAAAAUUGUUCCAUUUCAAAACGAAUAAUCUAUAUUUAAUUGUUUUGGAAAACAUAAUGAGUAAUACAUACAAAGAGCAAUAGUUAUAAUAAAUUUUCACUAAAAGAAAAUAGUUAUAAUAAAUUGUAGACCAAUCUUGCCAUUUUAUCGUUACA